CUGCCAUGUGACCCGGGGGCGUGUCCCAGCUGUGUGUCCUCCAGUCCGGUCAGGGAGAGCUGUCACUUCGUGUGGCCCCCAGAAUCCCACAAUGCUGCACACGGUGUGUCCCCGGUGGGGCCCCCUGAGAGCCGGUAUCGCGGGGUCUCUCCGCCGCCUCUAUCACGGCGAUAAGGUGGGCAGUAUCGGAUCCAGGCCGGACUGUAACUCCCCUGUCUAUCAGGAAAGUUAUGAGAACAUGAAAGCUCUAGUAACAGAACUCAAGGAGAAAGCUGAAACAAUACGUAUGGGUGGUGGGGAAAAAGCCAGAAUACUUCAUGAGUCUCGGGGGAAACUUUUACCCAGGGAAAGAAUUGACAGACUCAUAGAUCCAGGAUCUGCUUUCCUGGAAUUUUCACAACUGGCCGGUUACCAGUUAUAUGGUAACGAGGACGUGCCAGCGGGAGGCAUUAUCACUGGAAUAGGACGCAUAUCAGGGAUAGAAUGUAUAAUUGUCGCCAACGAUGCUACUGUGAAAGGUGGUACAUAUUUCCCUAUCACUGUGAAGAAGCAUCUUCGAGCACAAGAAAUUGCUAUGCAGAAUCACCUACCUUGUGUUUACUUAGUGGAUUCAGGAGGAGCAAAUCUACCGCGUCAGGCUGAUGUGUUUCCAGACAGAGACCAUUUUGGCCGUAUUUUUUACAACCAGGCCAGGAUGUCUGCAAAGGGAAUUUCUCAGAUUGCGGUGGUCAUGGGAUCUUGUACGGCUGGUGGAGCGUAUGUACCAGCUUUGGCAGAUGAAAGCAUAAUUGUAAAGAAGCAAGGAACCAUUUUCCUAGGAGGGCCUCCACUGGUGAAGGCAGCUACAGGAGAAGAGGUCUCCGCUGAAGAAUUGGGUGGCGCAGAUCUACACUGCAGGAAAUCUGGCGUGACUGAUCAUUAUGCCAUAGAUGACCAUCAUGCCCUUCAUUUGGCACGAAAAGUAGUGAGAGAUUUAAAUUACACGAAGAAAUUAGAUGUAACUAUAGAGAAGCCAGAGGAACCGAUUUUUCCUGCUGAUGAAUUAUAUGGAAUAGUUGGUACCAAUUUAAAAAAGAACUUUGAUGUCCGAGAGGUCAUUGCACGAAUUGUGGAUGGUAGCAGAUUUGAUGAGUUUAAGGCAUUGUAUGGCGAUACGUUGGUAACAGGAUUUUCACGAAUAUUUGGAUAUCCAGUUGGAAUCAUUGGAAACAACGGUGUUCUUUUCUCCGAAUCAGCCAAAAAGGCGGCCCAUUUCAUUCAGCUGUGUUGUCAAAGGAAUAUACCCCUCCUCUUCUUACAAAACAUUACCGGUUUUAUGGUUGGCAGAGAAUAUGAAGCUGGAGGAAUAGCAAAAGAUGGAGCUAAGAUGGUAACAGCCGUUGCUUGUGCCAAUGUACCAAAAAUAACAGUAGUUAUCGGAGGGUCGUACGGGGCAGGAAAUUAUGGAAUGUGUGGCAAAGCGUAUAGCCCACGGUUCCUUUAUAUGUGGCCAAAUGCUCGAAUCUCAGUGAUGGGUGGUGAACAAGCUGCUACAGUGCUGGCUACAAUUGCCAAGGAUCGAAAAGCAAGAGAAGGGAAGACGUUCUCUGAAAUGGAAGAAGCUGCUUUGAAGGAGCCCAUUAUAAAGCGGUUUGAAGAGGAGGGAAACCCAUACUAUGCAAGCGCAAGGUUGUGGGAUGACGGAAUCAUAGAUCCAGCUGAUACCAGACUUGUUGUAGCUUUAAGCCUCUGCGCAGCAUUAAAUGCACCAACAGAGAAAACGCAGUUUGGCGUUUUCAGAAUGUGAUCCACUCCUGUGAACGGCCAAUUAUUCACACUACAGACGACAUUCUGUAAAAUAAAACUUUU